AUGGAAGCUUACUGUAUUAAAAAAGCUGGUUGCAUUGUGCUGCUUAUUCAGAAGUCUAUACUAAGGGAUACAGGCAGUGAUCUUGCCCUUCACUUUUUAGCCAAGAUGAAGAUUGCGGUGAUCAAGGACAUUGAGCUAUCAGACAUGGAAUUCAUCUGCAAGAGUAUUGGAUGCAAACCAGUUGCCAUUGUUUAUCACAUCCUACCUGAAACAAUUGUAUAUGGUAAAUUUGUAGAAGAGGUCGUUGCUGGAACCAGCAAGGACGGUAAGAUUACCGGAUCUGCAACCCCGGGUAAGACAGUGACAGUUUUAUUGAGAGGCUCUAAUAAGCUGGUAAUAGAAGGGGCAGAGAGAUCAAUCCAUAAUGCCUUGCGCAUCAUCUGUUUUCUCAUCGAAAACAAGGUGCUCAUCACCAGUGGAGGAGCACUCGAGACUGAGGUUGCCUAUGUGAAGAACAUGCUUGCAUCUUGGAACUUUUUAAAAGAUUAA